AUGCUGGUAUGCAGAAAACACGGUGGGGAACUCAAAACGAUAGUUUACAGGAAGGUGACUAAUAUCUCUAGCAUCCUGAAUUCCCUCAGCAUCCAUCCCGUCUCCCACAAAGUCAGCUGCGUGCGAACACUAUAUCGCCGUGUAGAAAUCCACUGCAGCGAACCAGCCGACAAGAAGGCCGAGGCCCAGUAUCUGCGGAAACUUUUCACGGUGAAUGGCCAUCUUUGCACAUUUAUCGAAAAAUGCAGGCGAGGAGACAAACAUAUCCUGACGCCUUCGUCGAAAAAUGCAGGCGAGGAGCCAAACGAAGAAAACUCAACGGGACAGCCAGAACCGACACGCUGGCGAGCAAUACCCUAUAUUGCUGGCGUUUCUGAAAAAUUCGCUCGACUGGUCAGCGAAUUUGGGAUUGGCGUUGAUCACAGGCCGGAAGCAACAAUCCACAGGCAACUUAUGCGGCCCAAGGAUGCUGUACCCGUUAACCAAAAAUCCGGUGUCAUUUACCGUACUGACUGUGGUCAAGCCAACUACUGUCAUCCAAGAAGCUGA